AAUUCUUGGAAGAAGAGAACAAGAGAGCAGAGAAACUGGAACAGAAGAAUAGUUCUGAGUGAGGGUGGCCUCCGUGUAAAGCUGCAUUCACUCUGCCGUCCUCUUCUGAAAGAGCCAGACUUGCUGGGACUGUAAGGAGCUCUUUAUUCAGCCACAGGGUUUACGGUUUCACCAUGGCUGAGGUUUGGCUGGCCGACGUGAGCGUCAGUCUGGAUGAGUCUCACAGAUCCAAUGAAACUCUCAGUGCCAUUUACCUGCCAAUGGGAGAGGACGAUCCAGACACACUUCAUGUGGACCAAUGGGGUGGCUGGAUUCAUCUGUGGCGGAGAGGUCAGAGACUCACUCUCUGCACUGGAAAGAAAAAUGAGAUGGCAGGAGAGAGACGGAGAGAAUGCGACAGGAAGAGGAAGAGGAAGAGUAGAGAGAGACGAGGUCCACAGAAGAAAGAGAAACAUUCGGGUUUGGAACGACAUAGGGAUCCCGUCUAACUUUUGGAAGCGCUAGUGGAGACGCAAGCUGAACGAGUUUUACUACUAAAGUGAUCAACGACCACAGAGUCGGCAGAGAUGAUCGAGUGUUGGUGCUAAACCCUAACUCUUCAGACUUUUGAGAAGUGGUGCUAGAUGCUUAUUUGACAGUUGGCAGGGGUAGCAGUAAACAGCUUCUCCUUCGUGUUGGUGAGUGGCCCUCUCUGUUUUGCAGUGGAGGGCUUCAAACUCACAGCUAGUGUGUCUAGGCUGGAUGCAUCACACACCAGAACAGUUCACCGGGUGCAGCACACGGGACCCUUUUCCUCUGGACGGACUCAACCGGGGACCAUGGACUCCCGUGGGCAGCCGCGCCUGGCCACCUCCCUCCAGGUGCUUACCUGGUGUCAGUCAGCACCAGUUCCUCUCACAUAUGCCACCAAGUCACAUGACUGGCCUAAACCAGCCUAGUAAAUUUUUAAACAAUGGUCCUUUACAUCGAGGGGAUAAGCAAGACCUGUCUCAGGCUUUGUUGCCAGGAUUACAAAGGAUGCCCCCUGCUCCUCCAAGACCUUGGGAACCAACCAGAACUGGCCAGGGUUAUGAGCCAUUGCCUGGUGAAAACCACAACCGACUACACAAUGGCUACAAUGCAGGGCCUCCUUCACACCUCACAGCUCGAGCCAAUCAGCUACUGAAGUAUGGUGCUCCUCAACCUCAGUUCACAGCCCAUGGCUCACGGCCCAUGCCUCCAUUACCUGAUAUAUGGACUCAAGCCCAGACUCAGCAGCAACCCAGAGGACCUCACUCUCAUUCUGGACAGUUAAAACGGCCUGGGCAACCUCUGGGAGAGCACUCUGUCAUUCAGCAUACCCCUGCUCCAUCUUUACACCGACCCAUGGAGGACUGCCCCGGUCCAAGCAAGAGAAAGAAGAGCUCUGGGUCUGAGCAGGCUCCUCAUUCAGCCAUGGAGCGUAUACCUGGGCAACCUGUACAUUUGAAUCAGCAGCCAUCCUCUCACUACCCCUCUCCCAAACCUGGAUUUUGGAGCCCACUGCACAAAGGAGGAGCACUCUGGAAUCCAAAUGAACGCAAAAGCGGGCAGAUCGAUUUCCAGGAUUCAGCCAAACCAGGAAUUGGAAGUUUCCCAUAUAAACCGCCUUCCUUGAAUCCAUCAACCAUGUCUUCACCCAUCAUUCCCCCCACAAGAGGUUACGGACAAAGCAGGGGUCCUCUACUACCACAGUCCCACAAGACCGGUCCAUCAUCACAAUCUCUGGGGCCACCUUCACAGAGUCCUCACACCCACCAUUCAACAUACCCCUACCCCAACAACAGACCUUCAGCUCUAACCCAAGGGCAACCACAGGGUACUACUACACAAAGAGGACGUGAUUCUGUAUUGAAUUCUUUGGAUAGACAUCCUCCUCCACCACCUACAUCCUCAUCAUCACUGCGGGCAGAUAGGGAGCGCCCUGCACCCUCACCAGCAAACCACACCACUGUGCCUUACAGUCACUCCCAGUUCCAGCCUCACCCAGGGCUGAUCCAUUCCACCAGCCCAUCAGCCAGCAACCAGGCCCAGGCCACAGUACCUCAGCACAACCCCAACAAACCCUGGAAGAACCAGGAGUCACGUGACAUUUCAGCAACAGGGGAUUCUCAGGUUGUCGCACGCCUUUCUCAGGCACAGAAUAAGGUUGUUGGGGGCGACCAGGGUCCAGGGACGCCCAAACGUGUGAGUCCUUCUCAGGCCCCUGUUCGAAAACCUGUCAUUACCCCAAACCUGGAAACUCCUCGUCCACCUUGCUCCCUGGGACUAUACACCAAUGUUGGAGACAUCCCUACAAUGAGCUCUGCACCCCCUACCACCACCUCCAUCCCCAGCACCCUAAGCAGUUGGAGAGGAACUGAUUCUUCAGUGCUAAUCUCAAACCCAAACCAUGUAUCCAUGAUUGGUAAAAAUCUGCCACAUCCAGGGUAUCAGGGUGUCCACCCUGGUGUUGGAACCCUUCCACACCCAUAUAGAGGGGCACAAUCUCAGAUUCAGCAGUCCACUCUUCCUCACACAGGACAAGGUAGACCUAACUACACCCCAGUGUCCUCUACUUUCUCCACCCUAAACUCAGGGCUUCAGAGAUCAGGGGAGAGCGUCAUCACCAGCAAGACCUCUAACACUCUCCAACGAGCCGUCAUUUCACCUUUGCAUCACCCUCAACCUCCAGCACACAUAAAAGUCAGUUCAGCCCUCCAGCCAAUAUCCAACAGUUCAUGUAACUUAGUGCCCAUUCAAGCUUCCCCCUCAAUUUCUCAGGCAACUACUACUGUUCCAGCCCCAGUCUACCUAAGGUCCUGUUUGCAAACUGCUGCCUCAAGCUCUCAAUCCACUGCUGAUGCUUUAAAUAAACUUGAUGCAGAGUUGCAGGGCCACAUGCAAGCAGAAGAGAGAAUGAGAGAGCAGGAGGAAAAGAGGAAACGGAAUGUAGAGCGACAAGAAGUGGAGACAAAGCCACACGGUGAGUCCGCAAUCAAGAGUCUGGAGCGUUUGCUGUCAGGUAGUGCAGCUGAGCCUCUACCUCCUCGUUUGUCUCCAGCCAAUGCACCCUCUUCCAUCUCACCUCCUAGCCAGAAUUCACCACCUUAUCCCUGGUUGAGUCGAGGAGGAGUGCCCCAACGUCCUUCUGGAACUGCAACAACCAUUAAUGAACGACCACGACCACCCCCUCUCACCCCACAGACUGAAUAUGCCCGUGAGAAGCAAAGGCAGAGAGAGAAAUGGAAGAGUGGGGCACCAUCUCAGAAUCCCCCAGGGAUUCCCACAUACCCCUCAGAGUCAGGUCUCAUCAGCCCCUCCCACAACCACGCAAUGCAAUUAAAACCUGACCCCUCCAAAGAUAUCACCAUGUUAAAAACCUCUCAUAUCCCUGGGAUUUUGGAUGCUAUUCCCAACCCCCCGCCCCUGCGAGAGCCACCCAAACUUUACCAGGCUUUCCCCAAGGAUGUUCGCUCUUCAUGCACACAAAUCCGCACGACCGCAAAUAGCCUGCAAAAACAUAUGCCCAGUACAGGACUUGGUAGUCUGGGUAGCAGUGCUAGUAGUUGCAGUGGUGACUCUGAUGGUGCCCAAUUUGAGGAGGAAACUUCUGAGCUCUUGCCUGAUGGAUUGGCUAACAUUAUGAAGAUGUUGGAUGAGUCCAUCAAGAAAGAGGAGGAGUUGUAUUCUGGUCAGAGAGGAGAACAGGCAGUACCGGAACCUCAGUUUUCUGCUAAUGUGGCACAGAUGAAGAGUUAUUUAUGCGCACCGGACCUCGUGCCUGCCCUAAAGCAAUCUCCAACUGAGGAUUAUCAACCAGUGAGUCAUGCAAGCCCACCUGUGUUAAGUCGGCAAGGUUCCUUGGCAUCGCCUUGCAGUCGCACUUCUUCACUUGAGGAAGAAGAGGAGGUUCUAAAGGUCAUUCCCAAGUCUGCCAAUUCCAUUAGCAUGGAGUCGCGAGGAAGCAUUCUUGCCACAACAGGAACCAACUAUCGUCAUAGUGACUUGGCCAAGCUGUAUGGCCUUUCGGAGUUAGAGAAAAGUGAGUGCGAGGAUGAUGAAGAUGAUGCUGAACGGGAAGAUGAAACGCCAUCCUGUUCACCACCUCAGCGGCCACAUCUCCACCAGACAGGUGUGAACAGCAUGUUUAAAAACCUUGCAUCUGUGCUUGAGAGCCAGAAAUACACCUACCGGGGUGGACCCUUUGGUCGUCCUCCUCCCUCUGCUUUUGUGGGAGUUAAGUACUCCUCGUCUCUUUCUCUGGGGCCUGACAUUUGCAGGCAACAACAAAGCACUUCUCCCACAUCAGGUACAACCAAUCACCCAGGUUUUAGCAGUCCGACGCAAACCCCUGCCAUUAGUAACUCAGGUGAGUCCUGUCCCCUCUCGCCUACAGCUUGGGCGUCCGAGAGAAAGAGAGGGGAUAAAAUAAGCCAGUCAGAUCUUUUGGGCAAUGAUGAUGAGGAAGAGAUUUCAGAAGAACCCACAGGAGAGAAGGAUUCUGGAACUGUGAAAGACUUGUUGGAAAGACGACCAAAACUGACCACCAUCUCAGAGUCUUCGCUAGCAGAGCUUGGUCAUAGCUAUGAGUUGAACAAACACAUUCUCCCUUAUAAAGGCCACUCAAAGGCAGAGUCACAGGAGAUAUGCAAACCUGUUAAAGAAAAGGACAGACACAGAGAAAGAGAACGAGAGAGGAAACACAAACACAGUAGCAGUAAAAAACAUGAGGACAGGAAAGAGAGAAAGAAAAAGCACAGAGAAAGAUACGACGAUGCGUCUCUUUCCUCAUCCUCAUCUUCAAGCUUCAGUCGACGGCACAGGGACGGAAAGUCACACAAGGAAAAGAAGAGCAGGCAGGUGCUGGGUAACCUGGACAUUCAAAGUAAGGAGUUUAGGGAGAAGGAACAAGAGCGUGAUGGAGACAAGAAGAGAAGGAAAGAGGAAUGUAACCAAUCUCAGAGCGAAGGGGAAGAGUGGGCACAAAGUAGAGACAAAGACAGCAGCUCAGGACGUUCCUCUGAUCUCCCAUCAGCUUCAUCAGCAUUUUGUUCGGAUGACUUUCAGAAACUAAAGGCACUGACAGAUGGACCACCCAAAGAACUGAAGAUACGCCUCAUAAAAGUGGAGAGUGGGGACAGGGAGACAUUUAUUGCUUCAGAGGUGGAGGAGAAGAGGAUUCCUCUAGAGCAAAUCACCAUAAAGAACACCGCUAGUGAAAUCAUCAGAGCUUGCAAGGGAGCUCGUAUGAAGGAGAAAUUUAAGGAAUCAUACCUCCUACCUGCCUUCUCUGUUAAACCAAUUUUGCCCCUAGAGAUGCCCAUCCCUCGAGAGAAACUCAACCCCCCCACACCUAGUAUCUAUUUGGAAAGUAAAAGAGAUGCAUUCUCUCCAGUCCUGCUGCAGUUCUGCACAGAUUCUAAAAACCCAGUUACUGUCAUCCGGGGACUAGCUGGCUCCCUUAGAUUAAAUCUUGGUCUGUUUUCAACUAAGUCUUUGGUGGAGGCAAACUCGGAGCAUGCAGUAGAAGUUCGGACCCAGGUUCAACAGCCAGCGGAUGAGAACUGGGAUUCCACUGGCACUGGCCAGACCUGGCCCUGCGAGAGCAGCAGGUCACACACAACGAUUGCCAAGUAUGCCCAGUACCAGGCCUCCAGCUUCCAAGAGAGCUUACAGGAAGAAAAGGGCAGUGAUUUUGAGGAGGAGGAAGAUGACAAAUCGGCCUCUAACUCUGAGAAUUUGACCAGUAACUCCUCAGCUCCCGGCUCCAGUUCAGAGCAGAAAUCUGUGGGGAAGAUAAUAAAAUUUGGCACCAAUAUUGACCUGUCCGAUGCCAAAAGAUGGAAGCCUCAGCUGCAAGAACUGCAGAAGUUGCCGGCGUUUAUGCGCGUUUCUUCCAGUGGGAAUAUGCUGAGCCAUGUUGGCCACACCAUUUUGGGAAUGAAUACAGUACAACUCUACAUGAAGGUCCCUGGCUGCCGCACACCAGGACACCAGGAGAACAAUAACUUUUGUUCCGUAAAUAUCAAUAUUGGGCCUGGAGACUGUGAGUGGUUUUCUGUCCAUGACGACUACUGGGAGGCCAUCAGUGAUUUCUGUGAAAAGCAUGGAGUGGACUACCUGACAGGAUCAUGGUGGCCGGUUCUGGAUGACUUGUACCGCUCUAAUAUCCCUGUGUACCGGUUCAUCCAAAGGCCAGGAGAUCUGGUAUGGAUCAACGCAGGCACUGUACACUGGGUUCAAGCCGUAGGCUGGUGCAACAACAUUGCUUGGAAUGUGGGGCCUGUCAACUCAUAUCAGUACCAGUUGGCUUUAGAGAGAUUUGAGUGGAACGAAGUGAAGAAAGUGAAAUCCAUCGUUCCCAUGAUUCACGUGUCCUGGAACGUGGCACGCAACGUCAAAGUCAGCGAUCCAGACACUUACAAGAUGAUCAAACACUGUCUCCUUCAGUCUAUUAAGCACAUUCAGAUCCUGAGGGACCAGCUGGUGGCAUCAGGAAAGAAGAUCUCCUACCAGAGCAGAGUGAAGGAUGAGCCGGCCUACUACUGUAACGAGUGUGAUCAGGUGGAGGUGUUUAAUCUGCUGUUUGUGACCAGCGAGAACGGCAGUCGGAAGACGUAUGUGGUGCACUGUGAGGACUGUGCACGACAACGAAGCCCAAACCUCUCCAAUGUAGUGGUGCUGGAGCAAUACCGCAUGGAGGAGCUGAUGAACGUGUACGACUCAUUCACCCUGGCCAUCAGUCCCAGCUCCCGAUGAGAACGUCUCAUCACUUUCCCUCACACAGCCAUAACCAAAACUCCUGCUCGCAGGACAAGAUCUUUUAUUUUAGUCCAAUUAAGACUUAAAACAUUUACAGUUGGGAAAAAAAAUUUACCUACUACUGUUAAUAUUUGUUGAACAGCCAAUCCAGAACCAGUUUACUCAGAAUUGUUUACAGAACCAAUCAGCCAAUAAGACUCCAGUUUGCUCCUGUCGGUCUUUGUGUAUCAACCUCUGAAUGGCUCUGCGGGACGUCCGAUGAACCGCAGUUUGGUGCUGUCACGGCUUACAACAGCGGAUUUGACAAGAUCCUGUCAGUUUAGGUUUUUGUUCUUAGUUUUCUUUCAUGUUGCUUUUUUGUUUGUUUUUUGUCUUGAAUACUGAAAUGUCUAACUGCUCUUUGUACUUUUCGUGGGUGCUUAUUUUUCUCCAAUAAUUUAUUAUUUUUAAACCUAGAACAGCCUAGAUAUAUACCACAUUGGCCUUGUGACUUGUAUUUAGUGAAGAGAUAAAAAUUAAUAAUACUAAUAAUAGAGCUAUGGACAUUUUUCUAAAGCAUUAAGAAUUAAAAAGAAAUAGUUGUUCAGAAUGCUUCAAAACAUACGGGUUUUAAAAUACUUUUUCAGUUUUAGUAUGGAACGUUGUGUUUAUAUCAUCAGGACAAGCAUUUAAGGAUUGCAUUUUUAAUCAAUCUCUUUUCCUGCAUUUUAUGGUUAUUCUUGUUCAGUUUCAUCUGUUUUGGUCAGUGAAUUGUUUCUCUCCUCUAUACAGAUCUAUUCUCUUUGGGUUUUCUUUUUUUUUAUUGUAAAUUUUUUUUAUUUAAAAUGUUCUUCUAUUUAUUGGAUAUAAAAUGCUCUCCCUGCCUCAACAUGGUUAUCAUAGAUGUAUUAAGGGUUUCUAUUGUUAUUCUAAGUCCUCUGUAAUAUUUUAAGGGUGCUGAUUUUCUUUAUUUUUUUUAAUCUUGGUGCUUACCCCUUUAAAUGUCUUUCCUGUUUAUAUGAAUUAAAUCUCUCAUAACUGACUCCUUGUCCUUUUAGAUUGUAGAGCACAGAGGGUAGGAUUUGACUAAUCAGAAGUUGUCUGUUAUUCACAAAUGUUUUUACAACACGUUUUUUUCCCACCUAAGUUUGCAACAACAUGACUUAAAUGUGAUCACUCUUAUAUAUUUGAACACCUGCUCACUAUCCAGUUUAAAUGUUUAUUUAAAAAAUAAAAAAAAAGAUUAAAUCCAGGGGCCAUGUUCAUAUGAGUUCUCAGAUUAGACCUGUGCUCGCUGAAUCUUUUUGCUUGUUUUUGUACUAAGAUGGUGACUUGGACUGAUGUCAGUAAUCCUGAGCCUAGAUUAGCAGCUACUUUGUGAUGAAUUCCGGUGAUUCACGAAUUUGGGCUAAGAACAGUUUCUGAUACCUAUCUUACACAUUUAGUGGUGCUUCUGUCCUGUUGUAAAUGCUAUUCAUUUGAGGACACGUUUGCCACGCUGACUACAGCAGGCAUAACUUUCAAUAUACAUGCUAUACAGUUAUUGGCUGCAGUGGGUUUUCAUACGCCUGAACUAAUGCUUAUAUGGAGAAAAAUCACAUUGAACUGUAAAUUGUGGCAUUUUACUGGAACGAGUAACAGUGUGAAAGGGGAUUUAACGCAUUGUUUUAAAAUAUAUACUGUAAUUUUUUACAGCUUUAGAGGCGUUAGUGUGAAAUGAUUCAUGUAUUAUCAGGAAAAUGGUUUUGAUUAUGAAAUAGAUGGUGCUGAGUUCUUCUUGAGCUACUCUCAAUUUUUUUAAGAAAUAUUUUUCCUGUUGCAAUAUACACACUUUCCUUUUUUUUUUUCCUCAUUAUUAUUUUAUUUUUGUGGUUAUUUAAAAUCUGCACUGUUUUGGAAUUCACACACGAAGCGAACUGAGCCAGACAUGUCUUAAACACUUUGUGAAUUCGUGUGUCAUUGAUAUGAUUACUCUGAAUAAUAUUAAAUGCUUUUGAUAAACUUU